CUUCUGAGUAAUAGCACUACAACAGCCGAAGGGAACCGGGGGCAGGUCGAUCUGGGAUGUGACGGGCACCAGGAGGCACCUUCCCCUAAGGACAUUUAAGAUCAAAGCCAACGUUUUCUUUCCUUGGUGUAUUUUGCGUGGUUUGGAGACUAAAGCACAUCUGAGAACAGGUGGCUGACAAGACUUACCUGCGAGGACCGGAAACAUGCACUGUGCCAUCCAAAAGGCAGAAGCGCUGGACGGGGCUCACUUGAUGCGAGUCCUCUGGCAGGACGGCGCAGAGUCGCUCUACCCCGCCGUGUGGCUCAGGGACAAUUGCCAGUGCCCUGAUUGCUACCUGGAUUCUGCAAAAGCACGGAAACUUCUCGUGGAAGCGCUGGAUGUGAACAUUGGUAUCAAAAGCUUGGAGUUUGACAGAAAAAAGGUUCAUAUCACGUGGCCAAAUGAACAUUACAGUGAAUUCGAAGCUGAUUGGCUGAAGAAAAGAUGUUUUUCGCAGCAAGCCAGAGAAAGUCUCCAAAGAGAAUUGUUUUUGCCAGAAUGUCAGUACUGGGGUUCGGAGCUCCAGCUCCCGACGCUGGAUUUUGAGGAUGUUUUAAUAAAUGAUGAGCACGCGUAUAAGUGGCUCUCCAGCCUCAAGAAAGUCGGCAUAGUGCGACUCACGGGAGCUGCUGACAGACGUGGAGAAGUUCUCAAACUAGGGAAAAGAAUCGGUUUCCUUUAUCUCACAUUUUACGGACAUACUUGGCAAGUGCAAGACAAAAUUGAUGCAAACAAUGUGGCCUACACAACGGGGAAGCUAAGCUUCCACACUGAUUAUCCAGCCCUCCAUCAUCCACCUGGGGUUCAGUUUCUGCAUUGCAUAAAACAAACAGUCACUGGGGGUGAAUCAGAGAUUGUAGAUGGAUUUAACGUGUGCCGAAAGCUCAAGGAACAGAAUCCUCAGGCAUUCCAGAUUUUGUCCUCCACCUUUGUGGACUUUACAGACAUUGGAGUGGAUUACUGCGAUUUCUCUGUACAAUCCAAACACAAAAUUAUAGAAUUGGAUGAUAAAGGCCAAGUGGUUCGCAUCAACUUCAAUAAUGCAACUAGAGACACGCUGUUUGAUGUACCUGUUGGAAGAGUGCAGCCCUUCUACGCUGCUCUGAGGGAGUUUGUUGACCUCAUGAACUGUAAAGAAUUCAAGUUUACUUUCAAGAUGAAUCCAGGUGAUGUGAUCACUUUUGAUAACUGGCGCUUACUCCACGGCCGUCGGAGCUACGAAGCAGGAACUGAGAUAUCCCGCCAUCUAGAAGGAGCUUAUGCUGACUGGGAUGUGGUUAUGUCAAGGCUUCGUAUCCUAAGGCAGAGUGUCCAGAACUGAAACUGAAUCUCCUGUCCAUAAUUUCAGUGAGAUUCCAGCGAGUGUAUCUUGUAAGAUAAUUGCAAGGUUAUUGUCUUCACAGACCAUGAUCCAUGUCAUUUACAUAUUAAUUUCUUUAACAUUGAACAUGUCACCUUUCUCGCAAGAGUUUUCCUUUCUUUGUAAUCACAAACAAUGCCAACUUUUCAGAUGUUGUAGCACUGUUCUAUCCUUUCAACAUAAAGCAUCCUUUCUGUUCUAUUGCACAUAUAUGAGUCUCCAGAAUGCCUACAAAUAGUUUUGUAUCAAUAAAACCUUUCUUCAAAUAGCCUUUUUUUAAAUAAAGCUUUUGUUUCAAA